CGUGUUUAUCAGCGGUGUCUCGGCUUUCAUGGCCGCGCGGCUGACAGCAGUCUCUCCGUGUCACAGGAGCUUGAGAGGCAGUAUUCACCCAGCUGGUGGUCGCACAGGAUGUCGGCAGACGACGUGAUCAAGGCUCACGUGAAGGCUUUAAAGGAAGACUUUAGAGGCGUCAGGACUUAACGUGACCAUGGAGGAUGUGGCGAACACCGACCACUUCAAUAUCAUUGAGCAACUGGUAGAUGGGGAGUAUGACCUAACAAAGGCGAACCUGGAAAUUCAACUUUUGCUGUCUUUCAUCUUUAUUUACUCUUAACCAGUAAGCGCCUCUAUCCUGGUAACUCCACCUACAGUGGGAGACUACAAGGUGUGUUUGAAAGCUCCAGAAAAAGCAAGUAAAGAUUUGACUUUGGUCAAAUAUGAAACAGGCAGAAAGCAAACAACAUUUUGCAUGAAUAAAGCUGUAACCUUCCAAUAUUUGGUAGGUUGCUGGAUCAACUGGGUUAAUGAAAUCUAGAUAAUGGGAAAUUAUACAAUGCGUGUUGAUUAACAGAACUGGUGCUAGGGUUAAGAAGUAAUGUCAGUACAAUCGCACAUCAGUCCUUAAAACAAUGAAACUCAUGCACACAUCUGAAAGCGGGUGCUUCCCUGUGACCUUAAAUGACAAUGUACAGUGGGCAUGACACAUAAUGGAGAAAUGUGGAUGUAUUAAAUCCAUUCAGUGGAUUUUAGAUAUACCACAUCAUCUAUUGAGUCUUUUGCUAUAAAGAAACUGUUCAGCAGCACUAAUCAGUAAAUGCUUUCUUAAUCCCAUUUUUAUAUUCAUACACACCUUUUACAAGUUUGGUUUGUGAAACCCGUUCUUCCGGAUUGACUUAUUUGUUAGCAGUUAAGUAAAACCUGCCCAUAGGAAACUUGAGAGAGAAAAGGAGGAGACUUGGUGAGAUAGAGAUCAGUUAUUCAUUAGGGCCAGAGGGCUGGAGGGACGUCAAGUUUAUUAUCAGAUGCGUGCGACGGAGAACAGCAUGAUGGUUACAGCGUGUCCAGGGCAGAAGAGGCGAAGCAAGGGCAAUAGUGGUCAUCAACCCAAGUCCAAGCCUGACAGUAAGGAUGAAGAUGAUACUCCCAUGACCUCCUUUGGUGUUGCCGUCCGACGCCUCCCCCUGGCCUUGGUGUCCAUGACGCAAGCUACCGCCUCAGACUCACGCUUCCACCCUAAAUGGCGGGCAAUCGCUGUGGCGACCCUGCUGGCUUUAGUUCUCAUGUUAUACCUGCACCGCACAGUAGGAGACAGAGACACUGCCACGAGAGGUUACUACCGCAACAGGAUUCACAGUUUGCAAAUGCACAGUGAGGGUGAGGAUGACCUCUUCAAAGACGCCAACGGGCAAAUUGCAAGAAGCCUCUCACACCACCAGAGAAGGGACAAACCUUACAAUGACACAUACCCGUUAAGUCCGCCAGAGAAGACCAAGCACGGCAUCCGCUACCGUAUUGGUGUGAUUGCGGAUCUGGACAUAGCGUCGCGUAGCUCAAAGGAUCAGACGUGGUUCAGCUACAUGAAAAGAGGUUACCUGACUGUUUCAGACAGCGCUGACAGACUGGAGGUGGAGUGGGAUGCUGAGACAGUCACACUGGAGAGUCAUCUGGCUGAGAAAGGACGAGGUAUGGAGCUGUCCGAGCUGGUGGCGUUCAACGGACACCUGUACAGUGUGGACGACCGUACAGGCGUAGUGUACAGGAUCGAAGGCAACCAGGCGGUCCCCUGGGUUAUCCUACCCGACGGUGAUGGCUCAGUCUCCAAAGGAUUCAAGGCUGAGUGGCUGGCAGUGAAAGAUGAGCACCUGUAUGUUGGCGGCCUGGGCAAAGAGUGGACCACGACAUCUGGAGAAGUCGUCAACAACCACCCAGAGUGGGUGAAAGUUGUUGGUUACCACGGUGAUGUGCAGCAUGAGAACUGGGUGCCGCACUACAAUGCCCUGCGGACCGCAACAGGGAUACAACCACCAGGCUACCUUAUCCAUGAGUCAGCAGCGUGGAGUGAGCGUCUCCAGCACUGGUUCUUUCUCCCUCGCCGUGCCAGUCACGAGCACUACGAAAAGACUGCAAACAAGCGACGGGCCACCAACCUCCUCCUGUCCUGCCCCGCAGAUUUUAGCUCCAUAGCAGUGCGGCAUGUCGGCCCGCUCAACCCAACCCACGGUUUCUCCUCGUUCAAGUUUGUUCCAGACACAGACGAUCAGAUUAUUCUGGCCCUGAAAUCAGAGGAGGAUGCCGGCCGGAUUGCCACCUACAUCAUUGCAUUUACACUAGACGGUCUGGUGCUGAUGCCCGAGACAAAGAUGGGGAACGUGAAGUUUGAAGGACUGGAGUUCAUUUGAGGAGGACAACGCUGACGAGUCCCCGAAGAAGAUUAAGAAGCGGACUUCAUACUUGCAACACUGUUGUUUUCAGUCCUUAGUACUACAUCCCCCUUCCAGUUUUAUUGUGCAAUAAUAAUGUAGUAUGAUCCCAAAUUAUAUAUUUUACGAAUAAUAAUAUUAUAUGAUAACAAUAUAUUGUAUAUGGAACAAUA